AUGUUGUCCUCCCUGCGAAGAUCAAAGUAGGCAAAAUGGCGUCGAGCGGCGGGGAGCUAGGGAGUUUAUUUGAUCACCACGUCCAGAGGGCGGUAUGCGACACGCGGGCCAAAUAUCGGGAGGGGCGACGGCCUCGUGCUGUCAAGGUAUAUACAAUCAAUUUGGAAUCUCAGUACUUAUUAAUACAAGGAGUUCCUGCUGUGGGAGUCAUGAAGGAAUUAGUUGAGCGAUUCGCUUUAUAUGGUGCAAUUGAACAGUACAAUGCUCUAGAUGAAUACCCAGCAGAAGACUUUACUGAAGUUUAUCUUAUUAAAUUUAUGAACUUACAAAGUGCAAGGACAGCCAAGAGAAAAAUGGAUGAACAGAGUUUCUUCGGUGGAUUGCUUCAUGUGUGCUAUGCUCCAGAAUUUGAAACAGUUGAAGAAACUAGAAAAAAACUACAAGUGCGGAAGGCAUAUGUAGUAAAAACUACUGAAAAUAAAGACCAUUACGUGACAAAGAAGAAAUUGGUUACAGAGCAUAAAGACACAGAGGAUUUUAGACAAGACUUCCACUCAGAGAUGUCUGGAUUUUGUAAAGCUGCUCUGAACACUUCUGCAGGGAACUCAAAUCCUUAUCUUCCAUAUUCCUGUGAAUUGCCUUUAUGUUAUUUCUCCUCAAAAUGUAUGUGUUCAUCCGGGGGACCUGUAGACAGAGCAUCAGACUCCUCUAAGGAUGGUAGAAACCAUCAUAAAACAAUGGGGCAUUAUAACCACAAUGACUCUUUGCAGAAAACACAGAUAAACUCUUUCAAAAACUCAGUGGCCUGCCCUGGUGCACAAAAGGCUAUUACAUCUUCAGAGGCAGUUGACAGAUUUAUGCCUAGGACAACACAACUGCAGGAGCGCAAAAGAAGAAGAGAAGAUGAUCGUAAACUUGGAACUUUUCUUCAAACAAACCCAAGAGGUAAUGAGGUUAUGAUUGGACCUCUGUUACCAGAUAUCUCUAAAGUGGAUAUGCACGAUGACUCAUUGAAUACAACAGCGAAUUUAAUUCGGCAUAAACUUAAAGAGGUAAUUUCAUCUGUGCCAAAGCCUCCAGAGGACAAGCCAGAAGAUGUACAUACAAGUCAUCCAUUAAAACAAAGAAGAAGAAUAUAGAGUGCCAGCAGCAAAUUAGUAUUUUCUAAAAAGAACAUUUAUUAUUUAUUUUUAGCCUGACAUUUUAAUUCUUCCAAGAGAUUUUACUGCUGGUGUUUUUUAAUGCACUCCUCUUUGUAAUUUCAUUCAAGCUAUUUGUCUAAAGUCAUUUCUUUGUUUUUUUGGAGAUAGAGUCUUGCUCUGUUGCCCAGGCUGGAAUGCAGUGGCGUGAUCUCAGCUCACUGCAACCUCUGCCUCCCGGGUUCAAGCGAUUCUCCUGCCUCAGCCUCCUGAGUAGCUGGGAUUACAGGCGUGCACCACCACGCCCAGCUAAGUUUUGUGUUUUUUUAGUAGAGAUGAGGUUUCACCAUAUUGGUCAGGCUGGUCUCAAACUCCUGACCUCGUGAUACGCCUGCUUUAGCCUCCCAAAGUGCUGGGAUUACAGGCAUGAGCCACCGUGCCUGGCCCAUUUCUUCUUUUUUUGACCCAUACUUAAUGUUGCAGAAACUCUUCUUGUCAUAACAUUACUUCUCAUGUACAGUAAUUAUAUGUAAAUUAAUUGAAGCAAAUAUGGAAACUUUACAAUAGAAAUAAAGCUAGGCAGCCAGCAUCUGUUUCCAAUUAUAAUACAAGUAUUGAAUGAGCCAUUGAAACGCUAGAAUUCAGGAUGUUUCCGAAUGCCAGGGUUUCAAAAUCAAGACAAUUCUAUGAAGUAGAAAGUAGAUUAACUGUUAGAACAAAGCUGAAAUUAGAAUCUUAUAUGCUUUAAUUAACUUUUAAGAAAAAUUUGCUUGACCUGUGGCAAUCCAAAAAUAAAUCAGUAUUUAUAAAUUCUAGACUUCUGUUACUACUUAUGGCAUAUCCACACUUUUUUCUGUCAGUGGAUCACUGAAUUGGAAAUUUCAGUACACCUAGGCUGUCUCUAUUUUCUUUUUCUUUUUUUAUUUUUAGUAGAGACAGGGUCUCACUGUGUUGCCCAGGCAGGUAUUGAACUCCUGGGCUCAAGUGAUCCACCCACCUUGGCCUCCCAAAGUACUAGGAUUACAGGUAUGACCCACUGUGCCUGGCCAUUGUCUUUACUGAUAAAAAUAACUUGAGAAGGUCCAUACCAUUGCGUUUUGUUUUCAUUUCUCCCUAUCUUUGAUGGCCUCUUGCCUAGUGGAUUGAAUUUGAACAUACCAGUUAAUAAGGUUCAAUUUCAGCUAUGAUGUACUUGUAGCAGGACGAGCCGCAGACAAAACCCCGCAGACACCGGGUUAUAGAAGGAAGAGGCUUUAUUCAGCCAGGAGCGUUGGCAGACUUGCGUGUCAAGAACCGAGCUCCCUGAAGAAAAAGUUCCUGGUCCUUUUAAGGGCUUACAACUCUAAGGGGGUCCAUGUGAAAGGGUUGUAAUAGAUUGAGCAAGUGAUCUAUAGGUAACACGUGGUUAGAGUGGGGGGCUUAAUCUUUAACCUCAGGCCUGGUCAGUGGCGUUGGUUGGUUUUGCCACUGACUCCAUUCUUGUAGUUUUUCAGCUUUUACUCCCUCCUUCUCUUCAGAGAUGGGAGACAGUAAGAGAAAUGGCCUCUCUCCUCAUACUGAUCCAAAUUAACUAGGAUGGCUCCAAGUGGUAGAUGGUACUAACAGCAAGCUGCAGAUAAGGAAGGUAGGCCCUACUUCCAUGUGAGGUAAUUAGAUACAGUUUUUGCUGAAAUCUCAGGUAAAGGAUAUAUUAGAGACCUAAGCGUAGAAUUGGAAGGAGCAAAUUGCUGUAUGGUUCAGGCUUCUCAGACUAUAAGUUGCUAUGAUCUCCACCUCAGGAUCUUGUUAAAAUGCAGAUUCUGGUGGUGGUGGCCAGGGGCUGUGGGGAGGGAAAAUGAGGAGUUACUGUUUAAUGGGUAUAGAAUUUCAGUUUUGGAAGAUGAAAAGAGUUCUAGAGAUCUGUUGCGUGACAAAAGUUACCUGACAGUUAAGGAGAGGAGCUGCUAAAUGGGUCAUGUGUUUCUGAAUGGGUUCCUGAUAGUCCCGUGACCAUGUGGAAGCCAGCACUCCUCAUCCCCACCAACAUAAUUCAUCAUGAGGAGAGAAAGAAAGAAACCUUUGUGGUGUCAAGCAGCAAAACAAAACAAAAAGAUUCAAAUUAAGUUGGUUUUGGGUGGGGCCUGAGAUUCUGCAUUUUUCCCAAGUCCCUAGGUGCUGCCAGUGCUGCUGGUGCACAGACCAUCUUUGAAUAGCAAGGCUCUAGAUAACUGGGCUACACAUGAACUCUGGAAGCAGCUGAAGAACUGUUGGCUGUUCCAUCCUAAGCAGUUACUCUGAUCUAGUCCAUUAUGCUAUAUACUGUUUUUGCCCAUCUCUUCAGAUUGGAAGCCUGCCUUUUACACAUUGCUUUUUACCACGUUUCCAGAAAGUUAAAAUGUGGGGUAGAGGGAAUAAAGUACAGGGGGAAAAAUUAAAGAGAUGAGUUGAGGUGGAUAAGGAUAGCUUAAUAACAUACAAGCUGAUUUACAAAAUUUCCAUAAUAGGUUAUUAUUUUGAACACAGUGGCUCACGCCUGUAAUCGCAACACUUUCGGAGGCCAAGGUGGGAGGAUCACCUGAGGUCAGGAGUUGGAGGCCAACCUGGCCAACAUGAUGAAACUCCAUCUCUACAAAAAAAUACAAGAAGUAGCCAGGCGUGGUGGCAAAUGCCUAUAAUCCCAGCUACUCGGGAGGCUGAGGCAUGAGAAUUGCUUGAACCCAGGAGGCAGAGAUCGCAGUGAGUUGAGAUUGUGCCACUGCACUCCAGUCUGGGCAACAGAGGGGGACUCUGUCUCAAAAAAAAAAAAAAAAAAAAAAAAUGUUUUUGUAUACCGUGUUUGAAAAGCAUAGUUGAUAAAGGAAGAAUAUGUGAGGCAAUUUUAUGAGCCAAAUCAAUUAUUAGACUGAUACUUGCAGCUCAGAAAACUUUUGUCAGAUGCAUACAUGAAAAACCUUCAUAAGCACAAAGUACUCUGUCUCCAAAAUUUUAAAAACAUUGACAGCAAUUGGGUUGAAAGAGAUCAAGUGUUCUAGCAGUUUGUGGUGUACUUGCUGAAACUCUAUUCAGUGUUCUAUCCCUUAAGCAAGCCAAUAUACCCUGGAUUUGGUUUGGGAAAUACACCAUACUUACAAGAAACAGGAAUUGUCUAUUGCUAAAGAGGUUAAAAGCUCAAUGAAAGUCUUGAAUAUAGUUACUGAAAGAAUCAUGAAUGUCUUCUUGGGGCCCAAAUGCCAGGAUGGGGCUGAAUUCUCAAUGAUUGCCUCAACAGCAGUGGGCUGCAGCCCAACAGAGUGUCUAGCAAGUAUUACUUUCUGACCCUUUAAAAUUUUUCCUGAAUCUGUUUGGGCUAUUGGCACUAGUAACUAUACAUUUGCUUCUGGUAAACAUGGUCCAAACACCUCCAACAGAAGUCUGUCUUCUCUUACUGCUUUUUCAAAGUCUGCAAGUGAUAGCUGCCAUCAUUGUCAUAACCUUAGAGAGGAAGCUGUUUCUUGGUAAAUACUAGUUUUAAAUUUUGCAUGGAAAAUAGCUCUCUAGACUAAAAAAAUUUUAUCAAAGUUCACACUUCUGUAGACACCCUA